UCCGGCGUCGUGCGUCAUCGCUGGGCGACCGAUUUCAUGUUUCCGGUCAGGUCAGUCCAGGGAGUGCGGUUGGGCGGAGGGAAGUGGAGAGUUGGGGGUCACCAGGCCUAUCCUCGGCGUCAGACUGCCACCGAGGCUCGGCGCCGCCAUGGAUAGCGGAGGGCGGCCCUCGCUGUGCCAGUUCAUCCUCCUGGGCACCACCUCUGUGGUCACCGCCGCCCUGUACUCCGUGUACCGGCAGAAGGCCCGGAUCUCCCAAGAGCUCAAGGGAGCUAAAAAAGUUCACUUGGGUGAAGAUUUAAAGAGUAUUCUUUCAGAAGCUCCAGGAAAAUGUGUGCCUUAUGCUGUUAUAGAAGGAGCUGUGCGGUCUGUUAAAGAAACACUUAACAGCCAGUUUGUGGAAAACUGCAAGGGGGUAAUUCAGCGGCUGACACUUCAGGAGCACAAGAUGGUGUGGAAUCGAACCACCCACCUUUGGAACGAUUGCUCCAAAAUCAUUCAUCAGAGGACCAACACAGUGCCCUUUGACCUUGUGCCCCAUGAGGACGGCGUGGGUGUGGCCGUGCGCAUACUGAAGCCCCUGGACUCAGUGGAUCUGGGCCUAGAGACCGUGUAUGAGAAGUUCCACCCCUCGAUUCAGUCCUUCACCGAUGUCAUUGGCCAUUACAUCAGCGGUGAGCGUCCCAAAGGCAUCCAGGAGACCGAGGAGAUGCUGAAGGUUGGAGCCACCCUCACAGGGGUUGGCGAACUGGUCCUGGACAACAACUCUGUCCGCCUGCAACCGCCCAAACAAGGCAUGCAGUACUAUCUCAGCAGUCAGGACUUCGACAGCCUGCUGCAGAGGCAGGAGUCGAGCGUCAGACUCUGGAAGGUGCUGGCGCUGGUUUUUGGCUUUGCCACGUGUGCCACCCUCUUCUUCAUCCUCCGGAAGCAGUAUCUGCAGCGGCAGGAGCGCCUGCGCCUCAAGCAGAUGCAGGAGGAGUUCCAGGAGCAUGAGGCCCAGCUGCUGAGCCGAGCCAAGCCUGAGGACAGGGAGAGUCUCAAGAGCGCCUGUGUCGUGUGUCUGAGCAGCUUCAAGUCCUGCGUCUUUCUGGAAUGUGGGCACGUCUGUUCCUGCAGUGAGUGCUACCGCGCCUUGCCAGAGCCCAAGAGGUGCCCUAUCUGCAGACAGGCGAUCACCCGGGUGAUACCCCUGUACAACAGCUAAGGGUUUGGAAGCCACACAGCUUGACAUGGAAGCACCCCUGCCCCCUUUCCAGGGAUUUUUAUCUCGAGGCCUUUGGAGGAGCAGUGGUGGGGGUAGCUGUCACCUCCAGGUGUGAUUGAAGGAGGAAUUGGGUAGAAACUCUCCAGACCCACUCCUCCAACGGCAACAUGCUGCCUUUCCCACCCGAGAGGGGACCCUGUCCAUCUGGGGCCUGAGAAUCAGAGCCCUGCCCUGGGAGGGUGCUGUGGCAUGGCGUCUCCUCCCAGGAGCCAGAUCUGUGUGAGUGUGACUGAAAAUGCAUCAUCGCUUAAGUACCAAAGCCAGUGAUCAACAGCACUUCUGUUCCUGUGUCUUUUGGUUCUUGCUGGUGAAUCGUUGAUUGUUGUGGACUUGGUGGAGGACUCUGUCAGAGGGGAGGAAAGGCUGGGCCCUGAGUACAGCAGAUGCCUCGGGUGCGGCCUCCGAAGACUGCUGCAGCUUUUCUUCUUUUGCUCAUGCCCAGGGAAAUAGUCUUUCUUCAGACUUGUCAGGCUGGGCAGGUCAACCUGUGCUCUUUUCCCCUCGUCUGCUUGCCUCCUAAACGCCUGCACAUGUGCAUAGAGGAUAAAGGAAAGUGAAGUCGGCACAUCUGCUUCUGCCCAGAUGCAUGGGGCCCUGGGCAACAGAUUGAAGAGAGAUCACAUGAGGGGCAGUUGGUCAGGCAGCCCUCCUGGUUUUGCCACUGGCCCUGAUUUGAACUCCUACCACUUGGGAGAGCUCAGGGAUGGCCCCUGGUUUUCCCUCCUGGAGAAUGAGGCGCAAAGGCCUCGCCUCCCAAAGAAUGCAGUGUGGAUGCCGCUGUCCUAGUGUCCUGGCUUCACAGCUUCCUUACAAGGCUUUCACAAGGAAAAGCAGCUGGCCAGUGCCCUGAGCAAAUGGCCUUUCGGGACUCCCCAUCCAGCCCGUCGCAGCGUCAACAUCCUUGGUGUGCUCCUGUUGCUUCUUCUGGUGUGAGCCCCUCCCUGUGUCACCGUUUGCCCCUUAUCAGCCCUUGGUGAGCCUUUGAGUGCAAGACAAGUGGGGCUGCCUUUUGCCACCUCUGAGUAGUGAGAGUUCACACACAGCGUUUUUAUUGCCCUUUGUUGCCUCUGAAUAUUCAUCUCAUCUUCCUUUGUGCAGGGGGUGCUCUCAGGGGCCGGCACUAGUGCAGUGCAGUGUCCAGUGUGAACAGCACAAAUUAAACGUGUUGCAAACGA